UUUCUUUCACUACACUUGGCUGGACCUUCACCUCUACACAAUUCACCACCCAACCCCAAGGCUUGCUUCUAGAAGACCACCAGUGUAUUGCUUGUUGAAUUGAGUAAAAUAGAACUGAAGAUUGAAUUUCUGCCUAACUCAGUGCCUGAUCCAGAGCAGGUGCUCAAUAAGUAUUUGUUGGAUGGAUGAGUACUAUCUUCAAAUAUCUGGAACUUGUUGGCAGAUGGAAGCUGAGUGAAGCAGCAUGGAUGCCGUCAGCCAGGUCCCCGUGGAAGUCGUGCUCCCCAAGCACAUUCUGGAUAUCUGGGUUAUUGUCCUCAUCAUCCUGGCCACCAUUGUCAUCAUGACCUCGUUGUUGCUGUGCCCAGCCACUGCUGUCAUCAUCUAUCGCAUGCGGACUCAUCCUGUCCUCAAUGGGGCUGUCUGAGAACCUCCCAGGAGGGGCAGGUGAGGGAUGAGGACAGCAUCCCCUUCCCAUGCCUCUUCCCCUUUCUCAGAAAGGCAGCAGGAGGGACUUUGGUGUGUGGACUCUGGAGCUUGAUAUGCGAGGGGAGACCUGAGUUCUGAUUUUGAUUCUGCCACUGGCCAGCUGUGUGGUCAAGGGACCUAGUUCUGUGAGUUCCAGGUUCCUUAUCUUUUAAAUGGGGAUUAUGAUCCCUCCCCUUCCUACCUCAUAGGUUUGUGAGAACCAGUGACUUAGUGGAGGUUAAAGCUGUUUGUGAGCAGUUAAGUCACCACAGAUAUGUAGGUGUUGUUGCUGAGUGCCGAGAAGCUCUCAAGAACCAAAGGAUCUAACUGCUGAUGAUGGCUUUCAAGGUGGUGAGGGAGACAGUGGGGUCAGAGCAGCCUGUGCCCAUGCUCCUUGGGUCAAACCAAGCAAAUCCACCCUGUCUUCAUUCCAAGGCGCCAGCAAUGCAUUGGCUCAAAAGUGGUCUUCUUUGAGUGUCACUCCCUCAAGUUUCCUAAUUUGGGAGGUACUCGAGCAUGGCAGGGGAAGGGAGAUGGGUGGAACUUCCUGAGACUUUCUCUGUGCUACAGUCUCUGCCCCUAUGCAAUCUGGAGGAGGGCUCUGCCAUUUCUUAGCAAUGCCGAGGAAGCUGGGGCGAUGGGCUUCUUUCUGCACUGGAGUCUCAUAGCUGUGACACUCAAGCAACGUUGGAAAAUGCAGGGUGGCUCAGUUCCCUGGGCAGCUCUCGGGAUCUCCAGGCCCCAUCCCCCUGUAUGCCCCACAUAGAGGAGCUCUGCCCCGGCUCCUGCUAUAAUUAGCUCCAUGGUGUAACGUGUAUCCCUUCACUCCCUCCCACCAGCACUGCCGCCAGUCCAAGGUACAGACUUGCAUUUUAAGACAUGUUCCCAGGACUUUUGGAACUAACUCAAAACAAUGAUGGUUAUUUUAGAUGCUAUAAUUUAUAUUUAUAUAGAGAGAUUUCUGGACCAUCCAAGCUCUUUGACCAAAAUCAGGAGCAUCCUGGGAUUUAUUAAAUUAUGUUAGAAGAUAGCACCGAUAUCAGGAUAUUAUUGUGUAAAAAUGAUGCCUUUACUUUGAUCUGUUUUCAUUGAUGUGCACAGCCAGUUUCCAAUAAAGUGCUAGAAUGAG